AUGUCAUCUAAUAAUCGAAAGAAACUGCUGCUAAUGGGCCGUUCAGGUUCAGGUAAAUCAUCCAUGAGAUCUAUUAUCUUUAGUAAUUAUUCUGCGUUUGAUACACGUCGAUUAGGUGCAACGAUUGAUGUGGAGCAUUCAAAUCGUAGAUUUUUAGGUAAUAUGACUUUAAACCUAUGGGAUUGCGGUGGUCAAGAUGUAUUUAUGGAAAACUAUUUCACAAGGCAGAAGGAUCAUAUCUUCCAAAUGGUGCAAGUUCUCAUACAUGUAUUUGACGUUGAAUCACAAGAAGUUAUUAAAGAUAUUGAAAUUUUUACCAAAGCAUUAAAACAAUUGAAGAAAUAUUCACCAGAUGCCAAAAUAUUUGUCCUAUUGCACAAGAUGGAUCUAGUUCAACUGGAUAAAAGAGAAGAAUUGUUCCAAUUAAUGAUGAAGAAAUUGCAAGAAACAUCCUCAGAAUACGGGUUCCCCAACCUAAUUGGGUUUCCAACAUCAAUAUGGGAUGAAAGUUUAUACAAGGCAUGGUCACAAAUCGUUUGUUCGUUAAUCCCUAAUAUGGCUGUACAUCAAUCCAAUUUGAAAAAAUUGAAAAGCGUAAUGAAUGCAUGGGAGAUAGUACUUUUUGAAAGGUCAACAUUUUUAGUGGUUUGUUCGAGUAAUGCAGUUAAUGGUGAAACGUUGGAUCCAAAAAGAUUUGAAAAAAUAUCAAAUAUAAUGAAAAAUUUCAAACAAAGUUGUACCAAAUUGAAAAGCGGAUUCAAAACUUUGGUUCUUAAUGAAAAUAUCUACGUCAGUGAAAUCUCACAAAAUAUGGUUUGCUUUAUAGUUUUGAACAACUCAGAGGAACCUCAAAGUAUGGUAUUGGAGAAUAUUCGUAUGGCGAAAGAAUUCUUCCAAUAA